AUGGAUGCAAGCUUCUGGCACAGCCACAGCUGGACGCUGGUGUCGGAUGUGCUGCUGAUAGAGGGCAUCUGUGUGCCUGACCUUGAUCGCUGCAUGGGAGUACAAUGCCGAGGGUGCCCUCCGACCACCGCCAGCUGGGAAACAUUUGCCCAGAAGCUCCCUCACUCCCUCCAGGAGCACACAGGCACUAAGGCCAGCUAUGCAGUUCCACCUCCACCCCACCAGCCCUCCUCACUUCAGGUGGACCACCUCCACCUGCACUUCAGCCACAGCCACCGCCGCGGCGGCGGGAAGGCGGGCGCAGGCCCUGAGCCGCCGCGUGGGGGCGGAGGCGGUGCCUGCGGCGCGGCCAGCCCGGCUCAGGCCCGCUCCCCGGCGGCUAGGGUCCCUUCCUCUCCCUCCCUCCCUGCCGGCCAGGCCCCCUUCUCCCCGGACCCGGGCGGCGGGGCAGCCUGCGGGCGGUGGCAGCCCCCCGGCAGGCGGGCGUGUGCGCGGCGGAGGCGGCGCUUGGCGCGGAGAGGGGGCGGUGCGGCGGAGCCUGCGCAGCUGCCGGCGCCCUUUAAGCCGCGCCGCCCGCUUGCCCGCCUGGGUGUCUGUGCAGCCUGGGAGCCGCGCGGGCAGGAGCCGUUGCCAGCACCGCGCCUUCCUCCUCCGGUUCCCCUCCUCUCUGCAUCGCUGCCCCCUCCUCCCCACUCUCUGACCCGCCGCAUCCCCGCUCCUUCCGCCACAGCCAGCUCUAAGAUGCCCCGCUAUGAACUGGCUUUGAUCGUGAAAGUCAUGCAGAGGCCUGAGACUGCAGCUGUGCUGAAGCGCACUGUUGAGGCUCUUAUGGAGAGAGGAGCCGUUGUGAGGAACCUAGAAAACCUGGGAGAAAGGUCUCUACCUUACAAAAUCACCAAGCACAUGGAGCGCCACAGAAGAGGAGGGUAUUUUUUGAUAGACUUAGAGGCCCCACCUACGAUUGUAACGACCAUGAUGGAUCAUUUAGGACGUGAUAUUGAUGUAAUUAGACGUGCUUUCAUAAGGCAUCCUCUAUCAAAGACAGAAGAAUGCAGUGGCAUAAUCCCAGUCGACUAUAACGAUAAACUACUUGGCAAGAAGUGAAAUACUCAAAAUAGUGUGUUUGAAACCUUUAAAAAAUGUUUUGCUCCUGUUUUGGAAAACAAUUGUGUUAACUGAUGUCCAUUAUAAAUAAUCAUUUUUGGCCAUGUUAUGUGUGUGACACAGUACACUAAAUCUAUUGUAAUACUUGAGGUUUCUUUUUGUUUAGAAUAGUUUGAAUAGAUUUGAUCUGUAUGCUUAUCUGGAUA